AUGGACUUCUACACUCAACCUCUGGACUUCAAAGGUAUUAUCGACCCACAGAUCAUCUUCUAUGAGGACCGGAACUUUGAGGGUGAAUGCUUCGAGUGCAGUAGUGACUGUCCGGAGCUCAGUUCCCACUUCAGCCGUUGCAACUCCAUCCGAGUGGAGAGCGGCUGCUGGGUCCUUUACGAGAGACCCAACUACACAGGCUACCAGUACGUGCUGACCCGGGGGGAGUAUCCUGAGUAUCACUUCUGGAUGGGCUACAACGACAGUAUCAGCUCCUGUCGAUUAAUCAGAACUGUCUCCAGUUCACCCCGGAUCCGCAUCUACGAGCGGGCUGACUUCUCAGGCCAGAUGCUGGAGUUGACUGACGAUGUCCCCUUGCUGGUUGAUCGCUUCAGCCGGCGUGAGAUCCAUUCUUGCAACGUGCUGGAUGGUGCAUGGGUCUUCUAUGAGCACCCAAACUACCGUGGCCGUCAGUACCUGCUUGAGAGGGGCGAGUACCGGCGUUUCACAGAGUGGAAUGCUCUACACUCCACUGUGGGCUCCAUCAGACGUGUUCAGGACUGCUAG